AUCAGCGACCCGGACGGGUACACGGCGUUUUCAACGGAGGGGCAGACGCAGGGCAAGUUCGAGUUCAUGUCGCAGCGCGAGGGCGACUACCGCUUCUGCUUCACCAACAAGUCGCCGGUGUUUGAGACGGUGUCACUGGAGGUGUUUGUGGGCCACCAGGUGCAGCCCCACGAGAUCGCCACCGACG